CUUAGUAGCAGCUAGAACCGGAUUCGCGAUAUAUCGCCAUUCGCCGCGGCUACGCGGCCAAAGACACUCGCUAUCUCUCACCUCGUCGAAAAAUCUAUCACGACCCCCGCAGCUACGGUGUGGCCCGCUCGUGGAUCUGAAGGAACACUUGGCAACUGAACAACGCCAGGCAACAUCAUCCAACCCCCUUGUAGGAUCGCGUCUCUAUCAGGACAACGUGCACGUGCUGCUGUGUGUUGUUGAACCUACUCUCCGAGGACUUCCACCACUCUCGCUCUCAUCCUCGUCUCACGGCGAGUCAAUCUGGUGUCGAGCGAAACAACCAGACACGUACAAAACUUAUGCAGGAAAUAAGUAUCUUUAUAAUAUUUUUCUAAUCAAAGAAAGUGAUUGUCAUCAGAUAGCAAUUGUGACAAAAUGUGUAUUAAAGUAUUUGAGUGAUGAAUGAAUCUCAUUUACCAUAGCUAGUGUGACGAAGACGACUAAUUUUCUACUAUCAAAGCUAGUAAGAAGAACAUUGCCUCUGCCGUUCACCACCAAGGUUCAGGUUUAAGGCUCUGCAUUCUUCGUAGUUCAAUUUGACGUGAUUUUGAAAUUUUAAUUCAACUAUAUUUACAUCUCUUUAAAACCAGUUUGAAACUAGUGCUACCUUUCGGACAUAUCGUCGUUAAAGAAGAGCAUCGUUCUCUCAAUAAUAAUUCAAGUGCUUCCACUGCUAUAUAAAGCAGCGUCAUGCCGGUGUCAGCUCGAUGGUAUUAGUGUAUGAAGUGCUCGGAGAGAAAGUGAUUAUCGACAAAGUUUAUCAAUUCGGAGUGGCAAUAGAAACGACGUAUUGGCAGCAAUGUCGGAAAUCGAGCAAACCAGCGCAACUGCGCCAGUACCUGCACCAAGUCGAGUGACAAUUCAGCCACCAGUGCUCCAGGUGGCGUCAAGAAUGCUGCGUUCGCCAAGCCACGAAAGUGUCACCACGGAUCUAUCGUUAUUCAGCGUCUCAUCCAUCGCCAGUGACGUCAAGUGUGCCAAUCGCUUAGCAACCUUCAAAUCCUACAGUGAUGUGCACUUGUCAGCUCGUGGUCCCUCGCCAAAUCCAGACUCCAGGCUACAGGUGCAAGGCAACAGGCCGGCGGACAUCCCAGAGAUCCUGUGGUUCGAGGAGGAGACCGAGCUGAUCCGCAGCUGUGGCGCGCUGUCGUCAGCGCUGGGCCUGCAGAAGAGCUUCAGCACGUCGGACGUGUCGCAGCUGCCGAGCCCGGAGGCCUGCGGCGGGGGCCGGGGCAUGCGCGCGGCCGUCUCGUCGCACGGCCUCGACCUCGCCCACCGCGACCGACUGCUGCUCGAGCAGGCACGUCUCGACCAUGCCUCGCGCUCUUGCAGCACCUGGGUGGCCGUCGGUGACGUGGCUAGUACCUCGCAGCUGCCCAGCCCGCACGGCGGCGCCGCCAGCCUGCCAGCCGCCGCCGCGCUCGUCGGCCAGCAGCAGCCACAGCCCGGCCAGCUGGGCGCCCCGGCUCAGGCCUCGACCACACUGCCUUUCACGGCCGCCGACCUCGUGCGCUCGGUCAACAAGAAGGUCCGCCAGAACUACAUUCGGCGCAGGUUGCUCACCACCUACCGGGCCCUCGAGCGCCUGUCGCAGAGCGAGUUCAACCUGGACCGGCUGGAGGCGGCGGCCUCGGCGGCGCAAACUUCGGCGAGCGCCGCGCUGGUGGUGCCCGGCACGUCUCUGGCCGGCUCGUCCGCCGCGAUAGCCGCCCUCCUACCCGGGCGCACGCCCGCCCGGGACCACGCGCUCACCAUCAAGGACGUGGAGCGCGAGCGCGGUAAGCAGCUCUCCAAGUACGAGCGCAACAUGAUGAUUUUCAACUGGCUGCACACCCUCGACGACAGCGAGAAGGACGAGACUGCUCAGUAGAACCACUCGCCUCCCUUCUGCUCUUCCUUCUUCGUCCCUGCUGCGCUGACGGCCUUCACUCUUCCGCCGAGUGCUGCUGCCUGAAACUAUCGUGAACGCUGGAGUGAGUUCGUGAGUUCCGUUCGAGCCCGAUCUUACUUUUUCAAAACUGACGCAUGCGCUUCUUCACUGGCACCACGAGCAUUGCAUCCGUUUUUUUAUUUCUUUUUCUUAUCGUUUCAUUACAAAAGACUAUCGAAGGGAAUCAGCAAAAUUAUAUACUAUGAUCGGAUGAUUAUAUAGUAUCAACAUCAACGCAAACAAAACUAUACCGACAAAAGUUCAAGAAAUACAUCGCAUUUUACAAAUUUUACUAUUUUUAUAACAAAACGUAUUUUUAAAACUGUUGAAUUCUUUACUAUUCGUUGAUUCAAAACAAACAUAUAUACAACUUAUGAAUUUGAAACUAAUAAAUAUUACGAAUAUUUUGUUUUAUUUCGAUUGAAAUAAGCUGUCAUAAGAGAUUUCAAUACCAAAAGAUGCGGAUAGAGUAAGUGCAACGGUUACCGUUUAUUCAAGUGUUCCCAUUUCCGCUGGUUACAAUCAAUACGAAAAACGUCUAAUCUAUUGAAAUCUAUCGUAUUAAGUCUCUCAAAUAGAUAUAGUAUCGUGAAAUAAUAAUUUUUCGUAUAUUCAAUUAUUUUUGCAAUUGUUUGUUUCAAUUAAUACAGAUACAAGUAAAUUCUUCUAUUUACCUAGCAAAUCUUAUUUUCUUAUCCAGUCACUCUAAUUAAACCACAUAUUGUACAGUAACAUUUGACAAAUCUUAAUUAAAUUUGUAAAUUGUAAAUUACGGGUAACACAUUUUUUUGGAAGUUAUAAUGAACAGUGGGUGACAUAUCAGUAGGGGUCAUCCGGAUACUGGUGCACUUACUCUAACUAAAUGUUAAUGUUGUUUUUUCAAAUAUUUACCUCAAUGUGAGGACAAAAUGUGUUUCUUUAUCUAUCGAUAUUGUAGCAGUCUUUCACAUUAAUAUAAAAAAUGUAUACUUUCAAAGUUUAGACAGGGGUAUUAUUUUUGUUAAUGCUAAGCCUCAAAUUCAAGCUCUAGAAAUACAUACCGAGUAAGACUGUGAAUAAGAUAACAACUGCAAGCAUAUCUUUAGACAUAUAUUUUACUCAAGUGUUGUAUACGUUACAUUUAGAAUUCAUAGGUAAUUUAUAUACACAUAAAUAACUCUGCUCAAAAUUUGUUCUUUUUUUCUUAAGGAAUAUGUUAUAACAUUGUAGAAUGCCUUAAUUUGGCAAUAUCAAACUGAAUAAACUUAAAACAUUAACGGAAUAAUAAUUAUAAAUGAUAUCAGUACGAAAAAUCAAUUGUGUACAAAGCAAAGAAGUACUAAAUGUGCCUAAAACUAUACUAACUAUGUGAAUACUGAUUUAGUUGAAGUAAGUUUCUCUUAGAUAUUUAUAAAAUAUCAGUUGUACUCUCGCGAACGUACGUAUAAGGCGCUAAUAUCCAGUGGCAGCAUAAAUGUGAACAGCCAAAGUGUAUAAUAAUUCGUUAUGUUAAUUUAACGACUCACUCUAGCGCUUCUUUAUAGUUUGCAACUAUUGUUCUACUGUAAAUUAAACAAAAGUUAAGUAUUGUUGAUCACGUGAGUAUUGUAUUCGUCAACGCUUCAUCUCGCUGAAAUUUUAUGGAAUUGUUGGGAUUUCUAGCAAAAGAUAUGCAUCUGGUCUGAAAAUCAAGUUUGUUUUUAUUAUACAAGUUGUUUAUUAUAAAUUAUUUUAGAAAAUAUUUAUAACGCGACAAUUUUGUAGAAAUAUUUAUUCUUCAAACAUGAUUUAAAAGCUUUUCAAAUUAAAAUAUAUUAAGUAAGAACAUUUUAUAACAAACGAUAUAAAUACAGAUAACAUUCCGUGAAUACAUACACGUUUCAGUG